AUUAUUCUAAUAUUUCCUCUCACAUUCGCGAAUUCGGAAAUAAAAAAUGGGGCAGGGAACACCGGGCGGUCUGAACCGGCAGGGUCUUCCGGGGGACCGGAAGCCGGACGGCGGCGACAAGAAGGAGAAGAAGUUUGAGCCGGCUGCGCCGCCGGCUCGCGUGGGGCGGAAGCAGCGGAAACAGAAGGGUCCGGAGGCGGCGGCGCGGCUGCCGACGGUGACGCCGCUGUCGAAGUGCAAGCUGCGGCUCUUGAAGCUGGAGCGAAUAAAGGACUACCUGUUGAUGGAGGAGGAGUUCGUGGCGAACCAGGAGCGGCUGAAGCCGCAGGAGGAGAAGGCUGAGGAAGACAGAUCCAAGGUGGAUGACCUUAGGGGUUCUCCCAUGAGCGUUGGUAACCUCGAAGAACUCAUCGACGAGAAUCACGCUAUUGUUUCGUCUUCGGUGGGGCCUGAGUACUACGUUGGUAUCUUAUCUUUCGUUGAUAAGGAUCAGCUAGAACCUGGAUGCGCUAUUUUGAUGCACAACAAGGUUCUCUCUGUUGUUGGGCUUCUUCAAGAUGAAGUCGACCCAAUGGUCUCUGUCAUGAAGGUUGAGAAGGCUCCUUUGGAAUCAUAUGCUGACAUUGGUGGCUUAGAUGCCCAAAUACAGGAAAUUAAAGAAGCAGUUGAGCUUCCUCUGACACAUCCUGAACUGUAUGAAGACAUUGGUAUCAAGCCUCCUAAGGGAGUCAUUUUAUAUGGAGAACCUGGAACUGGGAAGACGUUGCUUGCAAAGGCUGUGGCAAACUCAACAUCAGCAACCUUUUUACGUGUUGUUGGUAGUGAAUUAAUACAAAAAUACUUGGGUGAUGGUCCAAAACUUGUUAGGGAACUAUUCCGAGUUGCUGAUGAUCUUUCCCCAUCCAUUGUCUUCAUUGAUGAAAUUGAUGCUGUUGGUACAAAGAGGUAUGAUGCCCACUCAGGUGGAGAACGUGAAAUACAGAGGACUAUGUUGGAGUUGCUGAACCAGUUAGAUGGUUUUGAUUCAAGAGGAGAUGUAAAAGUGAUUCUUGCAACCAACAGAAUUGAAAGCCUUGAUCCAGCUCUGCUGCGACCUGGUCGAAUAGACAGGAAGAUUGAAUUUCCUCUCCCUGAUAUCAAAACAAGAAGACGCAUUUUCCAGAUACACACAUCAAGGAUGACAUUGGCUGACGAUGUCAACUUAGAAGAAUUUGUUAUGACUAAGGAUGAGUUCUCUGGAGCUGAUAUAAAGGCAAUAUGUACUGAAGCUGGCUUACUUGCUUUACGAGAACGCCGAAUGAAGGUGACGCAUGCGGACUUUAAGAAGGCGAAGGAUAAAGUUAUGUUUAAGAAGAAAGAAGGGGUGCCAGAAGGACUGUAUAUGUGAAGCAUCUUCAUCAUUUACCCCGGCCUUCUUUCUUUAUCAUGGUCUUUUUGUUGCCCUGUGAACGGAUGUUUGUAUUUUGGAUUAUGGUCGGUUGUGGGUUUAAAUUAUCACGGGAUUUAAUCUCAACUAUAGUUACGCAUAGUUUUCUUCGAUUUAAAAAAAAUUGGGAAAAAUUUCCUGCCAUUUCUUAAUUA